AUGACUAAUACCAAUAACAUCACAAGGAUAGAAGAGAUAGAACUGAAAAGGAAAAAAUUAAAAGAACUUCGUGAUAAAACAAGAACUUUACUGUAUGAAUCUGAAAAUAUAGUAACUCUUCCUGAUAACCACUUCAAUCAAAAUGAUAAGGACAAUAAGAAUACCAAUGAUAAAAGUAUAAUAUUAGAAAAUUCAAAAAUAGAAUUAAUAAGUGCUGGUGUUCAAACAGAAAAAGGAGAUAUUAACACUAAUAUCGUUGAGCCAAUAAACAAGGAACCUGAUAUAUUGUUAUAUAACAAGUCAAUCCAAACAGAUUCUAUUGAAAUUGAUGUUAAAAAUAAACAAAAGUAUGAUUUCGAGUCAAGAGAUAUCGAAAAAACAAUUAUCAAGAAGAUCGAUACUACCAAAGACACAAAAUUGGGAUUAACAGAUCAGGACAAGCAAACGGAAAAUAGUAAUAACAUCCAUAAUGAUAAGGCGGAUGCAAACAACAACAACAACAACAACAUUAUAAGGCUCACUUAUAGUUACAAUGACUCCUCAUUAUUACUUAAUAACAAUAAUUAUACUGAAGCGUAUGGUGAUGAUAGAGACGAUCCAAUAACUUUUUCUUAUCAAUAUUUCAAGGGGAAAACUGCAAUCUCAAACACGCAGAUAAACAAGAAGUUUGGCAAAAAUAUACUGUCAUAUGAGAUGAUGGACUUACCCCUCUUAAUUGAUAAUGAAGAGUUUAACUUGUAUAGUCAAAAGGAACUUGCUCCGAGGGGUCACAAUGAAGGGAAGUGCGUAAUAAGAUGUACAUGGCUAACCUCAUUUUAUGAUUUUGCGUUGGCUAUAUUUUCAGUAACAAGUGAGAACAUUAAUGGGAACAUGAAUUAUCUCAAGGAGAAAGAUAUUAUUGUUUCAUUUACAUUUAUUUUUAGAGUAUCUGAAAAUAAGAUAAUUGACAUGUUGCAAUUUCCCAACGAGAGAAUAUUACGAGGCGAAUUUUUGAGCACAAUAGAUAGUUAUUCUCCCUCAAUACUUUCAAUUUUAUUAACUACGUAUACCGGAUCCGUAAUAUUAUAUGAACUAAGAAAUAGCACUGAGGAUGAUAGUAAUCUUAGCAUCGAGAGGAAUCUAGUGUGGAAAAACUACCACAAUGCUCCCAUAAAUUGUAUAUAUUAUAACGAUCAGUUAGAUUUAUUGUUAACCAGUUCUUCCAAUGGUAAGAUUUGCAAAUUAAAUAGAUUAAAUUUAAAAUUGCACAAUAUAUUUGUUGUACAAAAUAGCAUGAACGACAGUAUUAUAACCGAUCAAGAUAGUGCUAAUAAAGACAAAGCUUUAAGCGACUGGAUCGAUAUUAUAGAAAGAUAUAAUGAAAUUAAUAUAACUUGUUUUCAAUGUUUAAAUCAAAAUGUGCUUAUAUUUGGAGAUGAAUGUGGUGGUAUUUACAGGAUUCCGCUAUACCAAGCAAAUACAGACACAGUUGCGAUCAACAAAGAUAAUAUUUUAAUACCCAAUGCACAUGAUGGAUAUAUUAGUGAUCUGGCAAUAAAUACGUUUGACGAUGGUAAUACGAACACGUUUAUAUUAUUAUCCUCCUCUAUUGAUGGGUGUAUAAAAACAUGGGAAGUAAGCAACACUGAGAGUGGCAGUGCCAAAUUGCUUUACAAAAUAGAAUUGUUACAUCCUGUUAUCCAAAGUACAUGGAUUAAUAAAGAUAUUUUUGUAGUUAUGACUAAUAAAGAUCUAAGUUUCUAUCAUUUAAAGGAUAGUUUGGCGUAUCCACUAACGGUUAUUAAUGGAGACAGUUUCACCUGUUUUAACGUGAUAAACUUUAAAGAAGAUGAACAGAAAGUUGAAGAUAAUCAUUUAAUUGUUACUUGUUUGAUUGGAAGUAAAAAUUGCAGCGAUAAAUAUUGCACAUUACAAAAAUAUAAGCUAAUACUAAAAUAUUGA